AUGAAGACACGAUCUAUUGUUUUAGCUUUUCAUUUAAGCAUUUCUUUUUCUUUUAUCUGUGUAUGGUGUUCCUUUCUCUCUUAUACACCAUUUGUUCAUGUUCUCUUUCUCUUCUCCUCUACGUAUUUGCCUUUUUUUUUAUCUCAUCCCUCUUUGUCUUUUCAAUCUUCUCCAUCCCUCUUUGUCUUUUCAAUCUUCUUCAUCCCUCUUUGUCUUUUCAAUCUCCUCCAUCCCUCUUUGUCUUUUCAAUCUUCUCCAUCCCUCUUUGUCUUUUCAAUCUUCUCCAUCCCUCUUUGUCUUUUUCAAUCUUCUCCAUCCCUCUUUGUCUUUUCAAUCUUCUCCAUCCCUCUUUGUCUUUUUCAAUCUUCUCCAUCCCUCUUUGUCUUUUUUUUCAAUCUUCUCCAUCCCUCUUUGUCUUUUCAAUCUCCUCCAUCUCUCCGUCUUUUCAAUCUCCUCCAUCUCUCCGUCUUUUCAAUCUCCUCCAUCUCUCCGUCUUUUCAAUCUCCUCCAUCCCUCUUUGUCUUUUCAAUCUUCUCCAUCCCUCUUUGUCUUUUCAAUCUUCUCCAUCCCUCUUUGUCUUUUCAAUCUUCUCCAUCCCUCUUUGUCUUUUCAAUCUUCUCCAUCCCUCUUUGUCUUUUCAAUCUCCUCCAUCUCUCCGUCUUUUCAAUCUCCUCCAUCUCUCCGUCUUUUCAAUCUCCUCCAUCUCUCCGUCUUUUCAAUCUCCUCCAUCUCUCCGUCUUUUUUUCAAUCUCCUCCAUCUCUCCGUCUUUUUCAAUCUCCUCCAUCCCUCUUUGUCUUUUUCAAUCUCCUCCAUCCCUCUUUGUCUUUUCAAUCUUCUCCAUCCCUCUUUGUCUUUUCAAUCUUCUCCAUCCCUCUUUGUCUUUUCAAUCUUCUCCAUCCCUCUUUGUCUUUUCAAUCUUCUCCAUCCCUCUUUGUCUUUUCAAUCUUCUCCAUCCCUCUUUGUCUUUUCAAUCUCCUCCAUCUCUCCGUCUUUUCAAUCUCCUCCAUCUCUCCGUCUUUUCAAUCUCCUCCAUCCCUCUUUGUCUUUUCAAUCUCCUCCAUCCCUCUUUGUCUUUUCAAUCUCCUCCAUCUCUCCGUCUUUUCAAUCUCCUCCAUCUCUCCGUCUUUUCAAUCUCCUCCAUCUCUCCGUCUUUUCAAUCUCCUCCAUCUCUCUGUCUUUUUAUGCCCCCUCUUUCUUUUAUCUCCCUCAUUAGUUUAUCUUUUUUAUUCCCUCAUCUCUCUGUUGUUUCAAUCUCCUCCAUAUCUAUCUCUUUGAUCUUCCCUAUUUCUUUGUCUUUUUUUAUGUCCUCCAUCACUUUUUCUUCUCUUUUCAUUCUCCUCCAUCUUUCUUUCCUUGUUACUUACUCUCUCUCUCUCACUCUUCUUUUCAUUUCCUUCAGUCUAUCUCUUCAUUCAUUUUCAUCUCUUUUCCUUUUAUUUGCUUUCUCUUUCCUCUUAUUUUGUCUUUGUUUUUUCCUCCUCUCUCUUCAUUUAUUUUUGUAUUUUCUUUGUUUUCAAAUAUAA